AUGGCUGAUCGUAAUGCACAGAUUCGAGCAUCAUUAAAUGCGAAACUAAUCGAGAGUGGUGAACGAGAACGAAUGAAGCAAUUGUUAAGACAACGAUUGAUGGAAUACGGUUGGAGAGAUCAAAUGAAAGCAUAUUGCAAAGAUAUUGUUAAACAAAAAGGUUUGGAAAAUAUUACAGUUGAUGAGCUUGUUCAAGAAAUAACGCCAAAAGGUCGCGCACUUGUUCCUGAUUCGAUCAAAAAGGAGAUGUUGACUGUUCUUCGUCAAUAUUUAUCAAAACAUGAAGAGCUCUGA